AUGUCUCAGGACGAGAUGGAGCGCGCGUCGCCCGGAGCCGCCAAUGGCAGCGGCAGCAGCUCCUCCGAUGCCGAGCCCGCCAUGGUGGUCACCCGCUCCCGUCGCUCCAAUGCCGGCAACUGGAUGCGGAAGCUGCUCGACCAAGAGGAGCGCCCAGACGAGCACCAGGACGCACAGGACUUCUACAACAACGAGCACUGGGCCGAGGAUGCCGACGACGACGAGUUCGGCGGCGCCGACGCCGUCGCGCCCGAAGACGUCGCCCUGGAGUCGUCUGGCGACGAGGACGAGGACGAAGGCGAGCAGGACGACGAUGACGCCGGCGAGAAGGUCCUACGCAAAGAGGAGCGCCAGCAGAAGCUGCUGCAGAAGCGCAAACGAAAAGACCCCUUCGCGCAAGCCGCUUUGCGCCAGAAGAAGGCGAAGACGACGACCCCAACCGAAUCGAUGCCUCCACCUCCACGCCCGAAGAAGAAAUCCGAGCGCGUCUCCUGGUUGCCCGAGGCCACCGAGGGGCCUGUUCGAUCCUCGUCGCGACGCCUCACGGUUCAGAACAAGCAGGUUCUCACACAAGGGCUGGAGGAGAAGGAACGCCAUCGCCUGCAUGUCCUCGAGGUGAUGAAGAGAGCGGAGCGGCGAAAGGAGAAGGAUCAACCCAAGCCCAUGACACAACAGGAACGGCUAGUCGAGGCGGCACGGGUCGAGAAGCGUAACAGUAAGACGCUAAGCCGGUGGGAGGAGUCAGAGAGACUGAAGGCCGAGGAAAACAAGGCUCGCCUGGAGGCUCUGAAAAACCGGAAGCUGGAUGGACCUUUCGUCCGCUACUACAGCGGCCCGUCGCUAUGGGUCAACGACAAGCUAAAGCACGUGGGGAAGGACAGCUGCAAGAUCGAGGAGCUUGAUGAUGAGCCGCCCCUGGCAAACGACACCGAAACGAGCAUCGUAGAUGCCCAGCCCAGCGCCUCGGCCGAACAGGGUGGACAACAGGCAAGCGGUGCAUCACAAAUGCAGUCUGCUGUGGAUGUCAAACCUGAAGUGUCUGCAACUAACGCCGAACAAGUCGAGCGAGCCGAGAAGCCUGCUGGCAGCUUGGAACAAACUCAAAGCUUGCCAAGCGAGUCAGCUGGAGGUUUCCUCGACGGCAUCUUUGACUGGGCAUCUAUGGACGCCCAUCAGACGAAUGGUGCUCCCGCCCAGCGCCCGCCCUCUGCGCAAUCUCAAUUGCCUCUGGCGGCCACAGGUCCUGUGUCAGCCCAAGAAUCAUCGAAGCCUAUCAAUGCGGAUGGCCAUGCAGAAACGUCGCAGCAGGUGCAAUCAGCCGUUCCUGUCCCGCCACCACCACCACGGGUCGUUCUGCGGGCAGUCCGCAAUCUCAUAACGCUCCAAAAUUUCGACUCCCUUCGCCCGCGAGACAAAGAUGCGCUUUCUCGCGCUCUUUUCAAGUGGCCGGCCGGCAUGCCCAUCGCUCUUCCCACACGUCCUCCCCCUGGCCGUGGUGCUCGGAACGCUCAUCUGCCUCACCGCGAGCUUUGCUGCAUCACAGCUCAGCCUGCGCGCUACCGCGAUCCUCUCACUGGACUGCCGUAUGCGGAUGCAUUCGCAUUUAGAAGCAUCCGCAGGUUCGUUAGUGGGCUUGGAGGAGGGAUGGGCACGGCGAGAUGGAGCAAUCUCUUAGGGUGUUUUGUUGGCCCACGAAGUGAGGGGAGAUUCGCUGUGGCGAAAGGCGUACCCGAGAGGUUUACAGGCAAGAAGAAAGAAGUGGAGCCGGAGAAGACGGCUGAGGCGGUGCAAGAAGAGCAGCCGAAUGGCCAAGAUGUCAAGAUGGAGGGAACGUAG